UGUGUUUGAAGACCUCUCCCAUGCAAUAAUAUGUUUUAAUAUCAAUGAAUGAAAUAAUUUUUAUCUUUUCAUUCCCUAAAAUGCUGUCAUCUUAUAAUUGACCUGGAGUCUACUCUCUUGGAAGUACUUGAAGAUUCCCAGAAAUUAUUUUCGACUCUUCAAACUGAGAAAAUAUUAUUUAAAUCUUCAAAGGAAGAAAGUAAGAAAGAUCAAAUUAAUUUUGAUUUUGUUGUCCUCUUUUAAUUGUCUUGAAGUCCACUGUGUUAAUAAGGCCAACUAUAAUUAUAAGUAUAUUCCAAAUUGUGUAAUUAGAUACCAUUGAUCAUGUGUAACUGAUAGCAAUGUCUGCAUUUACAAAAAUUUUCCAACUCAAUUAACUUUGCCGGCCACAGAUGAUCCUUGUUCAUUUGUUGUGUAAUUGUGAUCUGAAUUUUGAAUGGAGGAUGCAUUGCUUGUGAAUAAAGGUGCACUGCUGAAUAUAAUACAAUUCUGAAGUUUGUAAGAAUGAUAGAUCUUUCAAAAAAUAACUUCUUUGGAGAGAUCCUUGUAGAAGUGACAGAUCUUUUAGAAUUGCAGUCAUUGAAUCUGUCCCACAAUUCUUUCACUGGGAGAAUUCCAGGGAACAUUGGUGCAAUGAGUUUUUUAGAGUCCAUUGAUUUUUCUAGAAAUCAACUUUCUGGUGAAAUCCCACAAAACAUUUCAAAGUUGACAUUUUUAAGUGUCUUGAACUUAUCCAACAACAAACUUUCUGGAAAAAUUCCUUCAAGCACUCAACUGCAAAGCUUUAGUGCAUCUUCUUAUACUGGCAAUGAACUUUGCGGUCCUCCUCUUUCUAAUAAUUGCACAGUAAGUGUUCCAACAUCCGGCAAUCAGAACAGAGGAGAAAAAGAAGGAGACGGAGGUGCAUGUAUUUCCAAUUCCUUAAUGGGCAGCAGGGCAAACUGAGCAUUGUUGUAAGAAAAUGUUACUAGACUGUUUGUGUUUCUCUUUUGACUUUUGAAUGUUUGGAGCUUAUGUACCUUGUUUUUUCUACAAAAGGAUGUUACUGGUGGUUAUGGUAUUUCAGAUCAAUAAAUCAUAUUUGUAUUAAUUUCCA